AUGCAGGCGGACGUCCAGCAGCAAGACAACGGAAGGAAAGGUGGUGGCUGCUCUUCUAGAGCCACUGUAGUGGAUUCGCUAAAGGCCACCCGAAGCACCUUGACCAAGCAUGCGACGACAUUUACCCUCUGGCUGCACGCACCAUGUGACCCGGCGAGCCUGGCCAUGGCCCGAAUCCUCUUCGGAGCAGUCAUGGUUCUGGACCAACCUGAAGAGCGCGGCUUGGCCUUCAUUGAGGAACGCUGGGGUGACCCCAAGGAGUGCCGCUUCCCACUGUUCUCCUUCUUGAAGCCACUGUCCUUGGAAGGCAUGUACUGUGUUCACCUGAUCAUGCUUCUAGGUGCAGCUGGCAUCUGCACUGGAGCGUUCUUCAAGCAGAGCUGUCUCGCCUUCCUGCUUCCUUAUUGGUUCAUCUUCCUGCUAGAGAAGUCCAGGUGGAACAACCACACCUACCUCUACGGCCUUAUCGCUUUGCUGCUCAGCGUCACAGGGGCUAAUAGACUCUGGGCGACAAGCACGGCGUUGACUUGGCACAGAGGUUCCAGGCUCGAAGAACUGCCUAAAGCCCACAACUUCGGCUGUGGUGAACGUUAUCGGCGAGGAUUCCGUGACCGGAUAACAACUGAAAUGUCUUUUAUGGUACCAGAAGCGAGUCGUCGCCGGUGGUCCAAGGCUGAGACUUCUACAGCCCCCGUCUGCGCCGUGAAGAAUCCGGAGCCCACGAGUGCUCAGCAACACUCGCCUCCUACUGUUCUCCCGUCCAGUGACGGCGAAGUGACAUCGCCAGACAUCCUUGUGACCAUGAAAGGUUCCAGGCUCGAAGAAAUGUCUAAAGCCCACAACUUGAGCUGUGAAGAACGUUAUCGGAGAGGAUUCCGUGACCGGAUAACAACUGAAAUGUGGUCCAAGGUACCAGAAGCAAGCCGUCGCCGGUGGUCGGAUGCUGAAACUUCGACAGCCACCGCUUCCGCCCUGAGGAAUCCGGUGUCCACGGGUACUCAGCACAACUCACCUCCUACUGUUCCCCCGUCCAGUGGCGGCGUGACAACACCGCCAGACAUUCCUGUGACCAUGAAGUUAGAAGCUCCUUCAACGUGUUCACCUCGGUCUGAUGAAAUCGAUACCACGGAAGGCAACUGUACUGCGACAGCGGUGCAAGGCGCCGCUUCUUCCUCUUCGCACAAGGGCCCGGCACCGGAUAGUCACCAUGAACCCAGCACUGUGGUGUGUGGACGUGCUAGAGUGUAUGGAGGCAGUGCUGGAGGGGCUGUUCAACUCCACGCAUGGUCAGUUGACAGCUGGAGAAAAAGUGGCAUCAGGAACACCGACAUUCCCAGAUGGAACUAUGCGCUUCUGCGGUGCCAGAUUUUUCUCGUGUACUUCAUCGCCGGACUCAAGAAGACUGACCGCGAUUGGAUCGGAGGAUACUCUAUGGAAGGCCUGGGACAACACUGGGUUUUUGAUCUGUUCAAGCUGGUAAUAACUGAAGAGCAGGUGGACGCAUACGUAGUCCACUGGGGCGGAUUCCUGCUAGACCUUACCGUCGGCUUCUUUAUGGUUGCCUCAGCAGUGCGGCCCUUCGGAGUACUUUUCUGCGUCCUCUUCAACGCCAUGAACUCCAGAAUGUUUGCAAUAGGAAUGUUCCCGUACGUGAUGAUUGUGCUCACGACCAUAUUCUUCGGUUAUUCAUGGCCCAAGAAACUCGCAGCCAUAUUGCCUCAGUAUAUGCGGAAUAUGGUGCCGGACCUUUCCCCUUCGCGACCCGACUUCCUUAACUGUUGGUAUCCUGGUCGACGUAAGGUCAGCAUCCACAGCACUGGCAGUAGAAAGGUCGAGCUUCGGCUACGCAGAUGGAAGAUGACGGCGUUCCUCGUCUGCCUGCACGUGUUGUUGCAGCUCUUCCUACCAUACUCGCACGGCAUCACCAAGGGCUACAACACGUGGACGCAGGGAAGCUACGGAUACUCCUGGGACAUGAUGGUGCACAACUGGAGGCCCGUGCACGUUAAGCUCGUUCUCUACGACAACGCCACGCACAGGGCUCACUUCGUCGACCCUGAGAAGUUCACCACUUCGAGGCGGUGGUACCACCAGGCAGACAUGGUCGUCCAGUUCGCCCACUGCAUACGUGACAGAGUCCAGCAGGACUACGGAAUGAAGGACAUCGAAAUAUACGUCGACGUCUGGAUGUCGCUCAACGGGAGAUUCGCGCAGAGGAUGUACGACCCAACGGUGAAUAUCCUGGAGCAGCCCUGGUCGCCGUUCGUCGAAGUGCCAUGGGUGCUACCCGUGCUCAGAAACUUCAGUGAGUGGAGGGAAAGCUUCAAGAAGGUCCGGGGUCGAGUGCAUGCUGCUUCAACGCUGGCUGAUGUCGAAUUCAUCGCCGACUUUCCAGGUUUUACUCUCAUCAACUACAUAGGCACGAAUUUCGACAACGCAUCGCUGGAAGUUCUCAAUGGAACCGUGGCCGUCUCGUUUCCCUCGAUGAGUUCGACGCGUAUACUGCACACCGGAGAAAGCACAAACAUUUUUACCGGAGUUUACCACACAGUGACUCCACUGAAGCACGCCCCCGCUGGAUACAUGUACGUUUAUGCGGAAAAAUUUCAAGAGAACAACACUGAUUCCUCACAACCAACCACAACAAAACGAGAAAUCAUUAGCAGUCGCCACUUCAAGAGAUACAUGGAGAACUGGAAAAUAAGCUUACAAAGAAUAGCAAACAUCACGACGAAGGCAUUCAAGGAGAAGGUGUUCCGUAAGGCUUUACACUUUCUGGAGUGUCUUAUGCCCAGCUGCAUGUUGUGUGAAGCUUGAAGCAUGACGACAGGUUGUGCACCACAGCAACAGCACAAUGCUACUGAAUAAACUCCUCGUAAUAAGACGAAAA